AUGGCGGGAGCCAUUAACCUUUGCGGUUCUAAGUCAGCCGCAUUACAGAAUCUAGCGGUGUCUUUCAAGGACACAAAUCAUGUAUUCCUUGGUGGGUCAUCGUUGAAGGUCAAGGAUCUCUGCUGGGAAUCCAAACUCAGAUUCUCCAGCAGUAGAAGAGCAAAAAGACUGGGGCUUGUAGUUGCUGCUGUAGAAGAAGAAACCAUCUCAAAGGGAAGCUCUGAUGGCAGGUUUUACUUCAACUUCACUGGCUUUCCUUUUCCUCUUGGCCCUUUUCUCAACAGGCGUACCCUUAGAACUGAGGCUGUGAAAGGAUCCAUAUGGCUGUUUGAACAAGAACAAGCAUUAGGGUUCAGCAGUGUCUCCACAAACAUCAGAAUGACAGUCAUCAAGCUCAAAUCUGGAGGCUUGUGGGUGCAUGCUCCCAUUGCCCCUACAAAGGAGUGCGUUCAGGUUCUUCACCUUUAACUUUUGAUAUCCUAAUUGCAAGGAAAUUAUAUAAGAUCGAUAAUUGAGCCUCUUAGCAACUCAAAUUAUGAAGAUGAGACGUAAAUUUCAGAGACUCUGACCGAGAACCGGGAACUCUCUUGUUUGAAUCCUCACAACUUCUGGGAUAUGAUUAAAGUUCCAUGCUUGGAUCUCUUCAAUCAAAUCAAGAGUUAUUGAGAUGAAUUUGUGUUUACAGUCUAUUAAGUACAACUCGUGGCUUUGCUGACUAGAGAUCAUGGUUUAUGUUUGUCGCAGCUUCUGAAGGAGUUGGAUGCCCCUGUGGAGUAUAUCAUUCUGCCUACAUUUGCUUAUGAGCACAAAAUUUUUGUUGGUCCGUUCUCUAGAAAGUUCCCCAAGGCCAAAAUAUGGGUUGCACCAAGGCAGUGGAGUUGGCCAUUGAAUUUGCCUCUUGAAUUCUUCGGGAUCUUUGGUGCCAAAACUUUGAAAGACGAGGAUUUGUCAACCCCAUGGGCAGAUGACAUUGAGCAAAAGGUUCUUAGCGCACCAGAAGUUGGACUUGGACCUUAUGUGGAGGUUGCUUUCUAUCAUAAGCGCUCGAGAUCACUUCUGGUGACCGAUGCAGUGAUUUUUGUACCAAGAAAGCCACCUGAUUGUAUUGGCAAGGAUUCACUGUUAGCUUCUGCGAAGAAUGGGUUAGCUGUGAAAAUCCUUAGUAAAGGGAAGGAGGUACCCGAGGAUCCCGUUGUUGAUAAUCCAAUGACCCGUCAAAAGGGGUGGGAAAGAAUGGUUCUCCAAAUCCUAUUCCUCGGACCAUCAAACCUGUUAGAACCCAAUACCAGUUUUGCUCAGAUGUCGCAGAAGUUGAUAGUCUCGCCCAUUAUAAAGACACUAGUAUUCAGCAAAGUCCCAGAAAAGGUAAGAGAUUGGAUAGAUAGGAUUGGGAAGGACUGGAGAUUCAAGAGGAUCAUCCCAGCUCAUUUUGCUGCUCCAGUGAAUGCCAGUAGGUCAGAUUUCAUGGCUGCAUUUGCAUUUCUGGACGAUCUACUGGGGGAACGAUAUGUUACUCGGCCAUCACUAUCUCUCCUCUUCGCAUCCAUCAUGGGGAAAGCUGCAACUUACUUUCCUCCAGAUGACAUGAAGACUCUAUCAUCCCUUGAUCAGUUCUUGGUUUCUGUUGGUGCAGUCAAGAAGACUGUCUCGGGCCGCCGGAAGAGAAAAACAGCAUUCUAGAACUGCAAUGUAAGCAUCAUCAGUCUCUAGUACUUGGUGAUAAUACACAAGUACUUGUGCCACAGUUUAGUCGUCAUACUGAAUCCAAAUUCCACAAAGUUGAAUAUAUAUAUAUAUAUAUAUACCGUCGAUUUAAGCACGCAUAAAUGGUUUCGACCCACAUUUUCUCCGUUUCCUCGGAUUUCGAAUAGUUUUGCAGAACAAGUUGCAAUUGCAGUGUGUUUCUUGUGUCCUUUGUGGUCAUGGAUCAUGUGGACGAAUUUGUCAUGAUUAACGUCUGAUGAAGGGAUAUGUGUUGCUUGUUGUUAUGAUGUGAUUGUUGUUGGAACAUUGUUUAUCAUAUGUUUGAUGAAAUCUGUUGCUGGACUAUCGGUUGGCCAUAACUGUGGUACCCGCCAAAGCAACAUUCAUCCAUAUAACUAGUUUCAUAAUGGAAAAUUGGCCGGCGUCCCAUUCCCAA